UUUGCCAACAUUCGACCAUUGGAUCGUUCAUCUCCACCGAUUGAUCCCACCAGCAUCAUGGACGACCUUGACCUCUUUGGUGCGUUCGACGAUGCCAAGCAAACGUUGACCGACGUCGAGCAAGCCGCGCUGUCCAACAAGUCGACGACGUCCACCUCUGUAGCAUCCACGUCUUCCAAGCGCAAGCCACCCACCACCUCCACAUCCGACGACCAACCGCCGCCUCCUUCGAAACGCAUCCAAGUGCAAGUUGUCCAACACGUCGACGCGUCGGCCAAAGACGAGAUCGUCGUGGCCACGGGCACGCAGCAGAAGAACUUGAUCUCGUUCAGUGCGUUGCCGCCCAACUACGAACGUCCCGCCCCACACAACCGCGCGCCGGCCAAGACGUACCCGUUCACGUUGGAUCCGUUCCAACAGACCGCGGUGGACUUUAUCGAAGCUGGCGAGAGCGUGCUCGUGAGCGCGCACACGUCGGCGGGGAAGACCGCCGUGGCCGAGUACGCGAUCGCCAAGUCCCUGCGGGACAAGCAACGCGUGAUCUACACGUCGCCGAUCAAGGCGCUGUCCAAUCAAAAGUACCGCGACCUCGAGCAAGAGUUUGGCGACGUGGGACUCAUGACGGGAGACAUCACGAUCAACCCGACCGCGACAUGCCUCAUCAUGACAACCGAGAUUCUCCGCAGCAUGCUCUACCGCGGGUCCGAGGUCAUGCGCGAAGUCGCGUGGGUCAUCUACGACGAAAUCCACUACAUGCGCGACAAGGAGCGCGGCGUCGUGUGGGAAGAGAGCAUCAUUCUGCUUCCCCACAAAGUGCGCUUUGUGUUUCUAAGUGCGACGAUCCCCAACUCGAAAGAGUUUGCGGCGUGGAUUGCGCACAUCCACCACCAGCCGUGCCAUGUCGUGUAUACCGACUACCGGCCGACGCCGCUGCAGCAUUAUGUGUUUCCCGCGGGCGGCGAUGGCCUGCAUCUGGUCGUGGACGAGAAGGGAAAGUUCCGCGACGACAACUUUCAAAAGGCCAUGGCCACGUUGAGUGCCGGCACAGCCACCGACACUAGCGGCGCGCCUAGCGGCAAAGGUGGCGGCAAAAAGUCGUCGUCUUCCAGCGGCGGCGGCAACAACCAAAAGAAAAAGGUUGGGUCGGAUGUGUUUCGCAUCGUCAAGCUCGUGAUGGAACGCCAGUACGACCCCGUGAUCAUCUUUUCCUUUUCAAAGCGCGAGUGUGAAGCGUAUGCGUUGCUCUUGUCCAAGCUGGACUUCAACACGGACGAGGAAAAGCACAUGGUCGACCAAGUGUUUCGCAACGCGAUUGACUCGUUGUCUGAAGACGACAAGUCGUUGCCGCAAGUAGACGCGAUCCUGCCGCUGCUCCGCCGCGGGAUUGGCAUCCAUCACGGCGGCCUGCUUCCAAUUCUCAAAGAAGUCAUCGAAAUCAUGUUUGGCGAAGGGUUGCUCAAGUGCUUAUUCGCCACAGAAACGUUCUCGAUGGGACUGAAUAUGCCGGCCAAGACGGUCGUGUUUACAAAUUGCCGCAAGUUUGACGGCAACGACUUUCGAUGGAUCACGUCGGGCGAGUACAUCCAAAUGAGCGGCCGCGCGGGGCGGCGGUCCCUAGACGCACGAGGCAUUGUGAUUCAAAUGCUCAGCGACAAGAUGGAACCCCAAGUCGCCAAGGGCAUCUUGUACGGCCAAGCCGAUCCGUUGUUUUCGACGUUUCACCUGGGGUACAACAUGCUGCUCAACCUGCUGCGGGUCGAAGACGCCAACCCCGAGUACAUGAUCAAGCAGUCGUUUCACCAGUUUCAAAACGAGCAGGCCGCGCCAGGGCUUGAAGAUGCACUCGCCCGCGUCCAACAGGACAAGAGCACGCUCAUCAUCCCCGAUGAACCCGCCGUCGCCGCCUUUUACUACCUUAGUAAAACCCUCGCCAAGCAGCAUGACGACUGGCGCCGCAUCCGCAACCAGCCCAAGUACCUUGUGGCGUUUUUAAACCCCGGCCGACUCGUCAAGGUGCACACCCCUCCAAGCGAAGACAAGGCGCAAGCGUGGGACUGGGGCGUGAUUGUCAACUUUGAGUCGGGCUUGGCUACCAACCCCAACGCUGCGCAAGCGUCCGAAGCCGCCACCACCGUCCAUGUCCUGCUGCUGUGUGCCGUCAACUCUGCCGCCACAGCCGACGCAGUACCGCCAGCCCCGGCGACCAAAGGCACAUGGACGCACCCGAAGAGUGAGAUGAAAGUGUGCCCGGUGCCGCUGGCGUUGAUCGACCAGCUGUCGUCGCUCCGAGUGUACAUUCCCAAGGAUCUGCGCACCGCCGAAAGCCGCCUCGCCGUGGCCAAGUCGCUGGCCGAAGUGAUGCGCCGGUUCCCCCAAGGCGUGCCGCUGCUCGACCCAGUCCAGGACAUGAACAUUGACGACCCUGCGUUUGAAAAGAUCGUGCGCCAGAUCGCCGACACGACCGAAGCAAUCGCGGCGUCCCCGGAACUGUCGCACUCGUCGUCGUUUGCGCUGUACGUGCAAAAGAUGGAGUGCGAAGCCAAGGAGCGCGAGCUGGAGCGCCAGAUCAAGGACAGCCAGUCGCUCGUGCUCAAGGACGAUCUGCGACGCCGUAAGCGCGUGCUGCGUCGGCUCGAGUUUGUGAACGGCGACAACGUGAUCCAGCGCAAGGGCCGCACCGCGUGCGAAGUGAGCACGGCCGACGAGCUACUCGUCACGGAGCUCAUCUUCAACGGCGCGUUCAACGACCUGAACGUCAAGGAGUGCGUGGCGCUGCUGUCGUGCCUGAUCAACACGGAAAAGGUCAAGGAAGGUCAAAAGCCUCCCACCGCCGACACCCUCGAAGGCCCGAUCUUGAACAUGCGCGACACGGCUCGCCGCGUGGCCAAGACGAUGCAGGAAGCCAACAUCACGAUCGACGUCGAGGAAUACGCGACGAGUUUCAACACCAACAUGGUGGACGUGCUCAUUGCGUGGUGCGAAGGCGCCAAGUUCAGCCAGAUCUGCAAAAUGACAGACAUGUUUGAAGGGUCCAUCAUCCGGUUGAUUCGGCGGCUGGAAGAAUUGUUGCGGCAGCUCACGCUCGCGGCGCACAGCAUUGGCAACGCCGAGCUCGAAAAAAAGUUUGAGCUCGGGGGCAAGCAGAUCAAGCGAGACAUUGUAUUUGCUGCGUCGCUGUACUUGUAGAGAGCCUUUAUAUAUUUAAUAUGAAUGCAAACCGUCCACAUACAG